GCGAAGAAAUGAGAUGACAUGCGCUGACGUGCUGCGGAUUUUGAAUCCGUAAAGUCCUCUGCAUUUGUAAGUUGUGAAAGGCAAAUUGGUAGACCAAGAGGUCAGGAUAUAAGCUUCACAAUAUCCCUAGUUAGAAAGGAAAACCUCUAGAUACCAUCUCCAACAAGUGACUUUCGUUGACAAUACUACAAAACUGUCAUUACCAUGUCCGGACUUCUCACCCUCGUUCUGCCUUUGCUGGCCUUGCCAGCCAUCCAAGCUUGCCCGACAAAGUAUCAUAACACUACCACGGCCUGCGCUCAGGUGACUGGGAACCAGACCGUCAACUCGUUCCAGCUGUACCCCGAGAACGCAGACUUCGACACCAAGCGCUGUGUGGCCUACUUCAGUGUCCUCUACAACGCCAGUGUCGCUGCCUGGAACCCUACCACGUCCGACAUCCAGACCAUCGAGAUCCCAGGCCUGAGCUUCAACCCCGAACUGCACUCCAGCGGCGUCCGCGUCGAUCCCCUCGACCGCCUCUCCAUCAUCAUCGACGCCGGCUCCGCCUUCGACACGGGCGGCCAGAACAUCACAGGCGACAACAUCCUCAUCAAGUACGACCUCACCAAGAAGCAGGUGUUGUGGCAGCGCAACCUGACCGAGGUCACUGGCGGCGUAUACGGCGGCUUCCAGGACACGGCUCACGGCCCCGACGGUACCACGUACGCCCUUGGCACUUUCCCCAGCAGCAUCAUCCGCGUCAGCCCCGACGGCUCCGAGGCUGUUGCGUGGUACCUCAAGACGCCCGCUAAUCACUCCAUCCACGGACUCUCCGGGCUCGUCUCCUCACCCGACGGGAGGGCGCUUCUCGUUGCCGAUAGCUCGGACGGCCAGCUCUACCGCUUCGACACCGCUAACGCUACGGCCUCAACGCCGGUUCGGGUCCCUCUUACUUCGGCAGACAACAUCGGCGCGGCGCUCGACGGCGUUUCGAUCCCCUCCCGCUACAACGGCACCGUGAUCCUCGUCUCUGAUAACGAAAAGGGAACCGUGGUCCUGCACUCAGCCGAUGCUAAGUGGGAGUCUGCUGCUGUCAUCGGAACAGUGCCCAACGCAUACCUGGCAGAUGGAGGGUCGACGGUGACGACUGUGCAGAUUGGCGGCAGCGUCUACUCUGUGACUGAGUACUUUGGGGACGCCAAGGUCGCGGGAACGCUGGCUGGCAACCGAACGGAGUGGCCGUUGGUUGAUAUCACCGCCAACAUCAAUGGGUUCCUUGCUGGUCAGUAAGGGAGAAAGAAAGCUGGAAAGUAACUGUCCUUACCGAAUGAGAUAGAUGCUACAGCUGCAGUGAUUACGAUAGAUUCAUAGACCUUAAAGAUGUUGGAAGCGACGUCGUCACCUGUCAUGUAAACUCUUCCAUUUUUCUACACAUUCAUCGAAGCGUUGACACCUCCCUGGCACGCGUAGAUAUCGUCAGGAUGCCAGUCUCCUUCAAUUUGGAUCUCGAAUACGCCCCAGAGGCUUCAUGCCUUUGACAGACUUGAACCGGUCUAGCGUGAUGGCAGUGGUAGCUGUAAAUCAAUUCCGGAAGUGAGAGUCGAUGUGCAUACAAUUGCUGACCCAGGAGACUGGUUUGACAGCUCAUGAUUAGAUUAAAUCUCUCUACUCAUGCUAUGCUAGGAAUCCUUCAAUCCUCAAUCACAUUGCUGAC